UAUUAAAACAAUAAGUAAAAAAAAAAAAAUAAAAUAAAAAUAAAUAUUAAAUUAAAAAAUUACAUUUUUAUUAUGUCAAACAAACAAGCUGGUGACUUUGAUGGUGAUUUCACAUCUGUGACUCUCGCUCAAGGUUUUUCAACGCAACUUCAACAAGAAAUUGAAGAUGCUCGUCUCGUAAAGCCUCAAUUUCCCCCAAACAUUACUUCUAAAGAUUUAAUCGUUCAUAAAAAAAAUGGGGAUAUGCCGUCUAGAUCACCUAAUGCAUUUAUGAUUUAUCGAAAACUUUUUGUCGACGAACUUCAUAAUGAAGGCCAUUAUUUACCGAUGACCACAGCAUCAUCUAUGGCAUCAUCAUCAUGGAAAAAUGAGCCAGAAUUCGUUAAACAAGAAUAUAGACGACUUGCCUCUGAAGCGAAGAGUCGACAUUUGAAAUUAUAUUCAAACCAAAUUCCGAGUCGAAAGCGGAAUAAAAAAAUUCGAAAUACUCAAACUCAAUUAACGAGUUUACAAAUAAUUCCGCAGUAUAACCAUCUACCCCAACCACGAUCUGAAAUUUCAACAGCCGUUUCGUCUCCAAUUACAUCUUCUCCCGAAAUAACGGAAGAGAUUUCACGCGUAUCUCAUAUACCUUAUGGCUUAUCAGCUGACAAUGUGCCAACUAGUUAUUACUUACCGCAUGUAAAUGCUAUCGAUUAUAAUACAAGAAAUAAUAUUCCUUCAGGACAUCCGACAGGAUAUGGACCAUUUCACGACCAUGCAAAUACGGUCCUUUAUGAUCAUUUAAUCCCUGAUUAUCAUCAAUUUAGUCCAUAUCAACAAUCUUCCGAUCCUCACCAAAACUUUUUACCUUAUCAUUAUUUCUAUUAAAAUAUUUCAAAAAAAAAAGAAAAAAAGAAAAAAAAAGAAAAAAAAAUAUAUAUAUAUAUAUAUAAAAUA